GUCGCGUGUGCCUUAUUACUAACUUCUUUCGAGACAGUCGUGAACGUACAUAACAAAAAUGGCUAAUAAUCUGAUCGAUUGUACUACAUUUUUUGUUGAUAGCAAUAUUUUUAUAAAUAUAGGAUUAGAUCCUGAUUUUUUGUUAAAUUGCGUUAUAUGCGUCUCAAAUAAUUUGCAGUGUGUUAAAAUGAGUGUUGAAUUAUAUAAAUCUCUAAAUAUAGCUCUUAACAACAUAAAUUUUUUACUACCAUCUCAUUUACUGUUGGAGGAGUUUAAAUUGAUAUCAAUAGAAGAAUACAACGGUGACAACGUUCUCUCAAUAAAGUGUUUGCAACAGGAUCAAGAUGUGCAAUUAACUAAAGAGAAUGUUUUAAGGAUCUUGCAAUUAAGUGAUGCCAUUGAAGAAGUUAUUCAGAUGAAAAAUGUAUACACACGGUCUACUGCAUUAAAUCAGGCCAGUAAAAUUGCAAUGUAUCUUGGAAAGGAAAUGCCGUUACCCAAAGAUACAAAAAUAAACGAUGUUGAAGAUUAUUUGACCCGUAUCAAUGUCCAAGAAUUGAAAGAACAACUUCCGUUCGCUGGUCUUUGUUUAAUAGCAGAUUUGAAGAUUAAAGCAGUCAAACAAUUGGCAAGGGGUUGGUUAUCUUCUUCGAUCGAAACUAAGCCUGAAGUCAACAGGCUGACGACGAGGGCAUUCCUAGCACGUAAAAGGGCAAAAGCAACCCGCAGAUUAAGUUUUCAUCUAUAA